UACAUUCUGCUUCUUAGAAUUUACAACCUCGUAAUUGUCGGUAACAUCAAUAUCCAACUUCAUUGCAUCAUACUACUAUCUCAUCCGCCAAAAUAAAUCGCUAAUUCAUUCGAUUGAAAUCGGGUUCCAGUAUUUUUUUUUUUUGACUGAUCUUAUUCCACUCCAUUUCUUUUUGUGAUUAUCACAAAAGUUGAAGCAACAACAGUCAUCUAGAUCUACAGGAUUAUCUACAAUCCAGACCAACUUCAUCAAUUAGAAUAAUAUCAUUCAAUUGAUUAUGAUGAUUGUUGCUGUCUGAGCCAGAUGGAAAGUUGCUAUUCUAUUAUGCCGUUGGUGGUUGCCGAGACUUUGCUGAGUGCGGAUGAGUUGAAGAAGGACGCCAAAUCUGAAUAUUUUAAGGGAAGCCCCCUAUUACUGCAGAUUUGGCUCAUGGAACGGCUUAGGCUCUUGGAAACUCCUGCCGAUCCUAAACAUUAUCGCCCUAUAGCCUUGGGUAACCGAAAAUAUUUGCACCGAGGCCAGGACGAGGCCGAGUGGGCCUCCUUUUUUAGUCACGGUAUUUGUUCUAUUAAGUGGGUGGUACCAUGGUGGGGUUUGACUACUAUGACGGGGGGUUCUGAUGUGUCGGUUUAUGUUUAUUUGUUGGGGCUAUCUCGGCCCACUUAUAUUUUCCCUUACCGAGUCAUGCGUCAAUACGGUUUAAGGCAGACUAUCCCCUUUUCUGAUACUGUACCACCUAAAGUAGCGGCCUUUUCACAAGCACGGGUUCUAGCGUGGGCUAAGUAUUAUGAUGGUCUCCCGCGUUGGGCCGUAGCUACAAAUGGCUUUGUGGGUCUUUCUGAAAACUACAAGUUGUGGAUGAGCUCCGAUGAUAAAGCUGUGAGGACCGAGGCUCGAAAUGGGGAGCCGGCUGAGCUUUUGAUACCUCGUAUUCGUGUUAAGUAUGAGGGUGCUGAUUCUGCCAAACCUCGUACCCAUGGUAUUAAGACUGUGAAAGCUCGUCCUGAUCGAAAGCGAAAGGAAGUUCCUCCCCGUUCCAGUUUCAGGCCUAAAAAGAUGCCUAACAUGAAGGGGCCUGCUGUUGUUAAGAGAAAUGCAAGCUUUCGCGGAGAUCGUCGCCGGAACAAUGUAUGGGUUAGGAAGGCUCAUCCGCCUGUAGAAACAGCGACUAGUCUAGUUGAUGAUAAUAAUCCUUCUCCCACCAUUGUCUGUGCCCUUGAGGCUGAGCGGGCUAUAACUGAGAAUGUUUCUGAAGCCUUGGCAUCUUUGGAAGUUAGUGUCCCGGAGCCGGUUCUUAUGGAGAUUGAUAUUGGGGCAGCGCAGAAGACUGUGGGGGUGGAUCCUGCGAACAUUGCCCUCUACAAGACUUUAUUUGAUGAUCCGAUAGAACUAGAGUAGUGUAGUUCUUGCUAGGGUGUAGGUGCCCUUUAUUUAUUUCAGUUGUGUUUGUUUUUUUCAUUUCUUAGCACUUUGUUUUCCUUCUUAUUAUUUUUCAAUAAAGGUGUAUUUUAUUUUUCAUUUUUUUGUUUCUCCCCCUUUUUUUUAUAUUUUUAUACGUCUAACACUUUUUGCA